UUGGUGUACUUAGCAACGGGACGGCCUUGACUGGAAUAGUAUCGAGCUAAUCGUCUUUAAAUCAGAAGUGACACUGGUUUACCCGGUUUUGGAUUUCUUGGCAGUUGGAUACCUCACAAUGGCUGAAGAUACAGCAAUAGAAAAACACAUCAAAGUUUUUGUAUCAAACAAAAUUGGAGAACAAGUGUACUUGGAUCUGUCCAGGUCCAAGUCUGUGAUUAUCAAACACAAGGUAAAAAGAGGAUCCAUAUCCUUGGCAUCACUCUGGAUUCGUGUCCUCCAACACCACAACAAUUAUCCAGUACAGCAUUACCCCUAUAGAACACUCUAUGAGGCUAAUGGAAACAGAAAAAUUAAUUUGAAUAUUGAUGACGUAACCAUAACCGUUUUCCUGUCAACUGGACAACUGGUGAUACAUGGCAACUUUGUAUUAGAAUGGUUCACUAAAAGAUUUGAGGACAUCCUCAGGAAUUAUGAUGCCCCAGACGGCCCAUCACAGCCUUUACUUGCUAUGUUCACACAGUACGAGAGUCAAUGGGAAAAUAUUCUGGAUAGAGAGAAGAAAGCUGCUGAUGCUGUUCUGAGGGAGGAGUGGGAAAGAGAAGAAGAGGCUCUGCGCAAGGCAGAUGAAUUACCAGUAUAUAGAAAGCAAAUUGACAAGGAGCUUGAGAGAUCAGUGCAGGAAGAGGAUGUAGAUAUGAACAGGGCACGACAACAGCUUGCAUCAGUCAGGCUUGACCACCUGGAGAAUGAGGAAUUGAGUUCACAGUUGGAGAAGUUGCGCCAUGGAUGUGUCCAAGAUGGCCCCACUGUUGUCUAUCCACUUUGGAAAGCACUGUUGGACCACUGGUUCAGUGAUGGAGCGAACAAGGUGUAUAUAGCCACCCCUUUUCUGGACACAGUCAGACUUCAGGACAUCUGCCAUUUGGUUCUUAAACACAAAUUCACUGCAAACUUAGAAGCUUUUUAUGUACGCCAGAACUGUGAUCACAGACUCCAGAUAUCAGACAUUAGACGAAAUGCACAAAACCAACUGGAACCAAAAGACCAAGUCUUCAUAGAGUACAAAGUUUACAAUAAAACUGUGUAUCCACUAAAGAGGUUCAACUCUAAGUUUUUGGCUUGUGUUAACAAUGGACAGGCACAAGUAAUGGUGACCAGUGCCAGCUUCCAUGCUGACCACUUCCACUUCCCUAACUUGGAAAGUGUCCUAUUUCUGACCAUGUCUGAGGCAGACUUCAUUCACAGAUAUCUGAAAACCAUACAGGCAUCACAGCUGGAAGUGACAAUAAAGACAUAACUAUGUGAUAUUUCUUUGUAGCUCCAAGUCAAUUGCAAAUCAACUUCCUGUGAAGACCUAGGUCAACAUCUUACACAUAUGAAUACUUAGAACAUUGCUUUGUAGAUUUUUAAUCUAGUCUAGGGCUCUUUCAAUUUAUUCAGAAAUUAAAAUUCAGUAUAUUUAAUAUUAUAAUACCAUUACCUACCCACCCAUUACAAUCCAGAUACAUUAGGGGAAUAUAGUAGUCGCACUUUUUGCAGUGUCUAAUCACUUUAUCUAGAGUGGAAGUUAUCAAGUGCUUUUAAUGGCUUUUUCAUUAGGUUCUUUUCAGGGUUUAACAUUGAGAAAACCAAAUUGAACUUCAGAUUAAUGUUGCCUUCAGCUCUAUGUCAUGUUUAUCAGGGAAAGUGACCAUGUAUACAUGUUCCUUCUCUCAAAGCAUGACAGAUAAUGAUUCCAGUUGCAAGGAC